AUGACUUCUCAACACUCAGGUAUUGCCGCUUCCUUCGCGGCCAUAUCAUCUCAAACAUCCCUAGUGGCUGAUUCAUCAGCUGCCAGCGACAACGGAGAUUCUGACAUCGGAGAAACGUAUACUUCGCCGCUGUCGCCUUCUCAAUUUAAGAAGAAGAAGCGUACAUCGAAGAUAUGGGACCAUACGCCUUUCGGAAAAAACGAGAUCCACCUUAAAUCGCACAAUACUCUUGGUAUAUUGACGCCCAACGAAGAAAGGGCGGCUAAAACAAGGAACCAUCUUGAGGAGGCUUUCUCACGGAUGUCUCAAAGCGCGAACCCCCUUAAACGCCGUCGACACGAUGACGAACCGACAGAUCUCAACGCUGAUAAAUUUGAGCAACUGUAUGUAAAGUGGAUUGCGGACUGCGGGGUCGCACUUCGUAUGGCAACAAGAGAAACUUUUCGAGCCGUACUCAAGUUCCUCAAUCCUGGCGUGCUCUCAAUCUUACCUACGUCACAUCAGACGAUUCGCGAGUGGGUAAUGCGAACGUUCGAGACGCAAAAGCGGCGUAUGCGGCAAGUUCUUCAAUCAGCCGUCUCGAGAAUACACUUCACCGUCGAUUUGUGGUCCUCUCCAAAUAAGCUUGGCAUCCUUGGCGUUGUUGCACACUUUAUUGACAGCAACGGCGAGUUGGUUUCCUAUUGCGUUGCUCUACGAGAGGUGCAUGGUAAGCAUUCAGGGGAGAACCAGGCUCAGAUUGUGAUGGAUGUUGUCGAGGACUACGGAAUUGUCACCCAGGUUGGAUAUUUUGUUUCGGACAAUGCAGAUUCGAAUGAUACAUUGAUGAAUACUCUACAGAACUUGUUAAACGAGAGGCAUGAUAUCUUAUAUGACGCGAAACAUCACCGCCUUCGUUGCAAUGGUCAUACUAUCAAUCUGGCAGCACACGCAUUUAUGUUUCCAAAAGCGGCACCAGUGGAAGCACCUACGAAAAAUAAGAUCAAGAAGGAGACCACGAGCGAAUAUGUCAAACCUUCAGAAUCUGAUAUAUUGAAAUGGAGGAAGGCUGGUCCUCUUGGCAAGCUCCACAACAUCGUUGUUUUUAUCCGGUGUAGUCCCCAACGUAUACAGAGGUUUAAAGAGAUCAGCGACAAGAAGGGACUUCUUCGCGACAACGAUACAAGGUGGAACUCCAAGUACUAUAUGACCGCGAGAGCUAUCGAACUUGCAGAUCAAAUUGAUUACUUUUGUUCCAAGGAGAAGGACCUGAAGCUUGACUCCCUUUCAGAGCAAGACUGGGUUGAGCUGAGAAAAGUUUGCAAUUUCCUCAAAUCAUUCGCUGAUGCAACCAAGGCUACGGAAGGUCACGCGUAUACGAUUGACCGAACGUUGCCGAUGAUGGACUUCCUGCUUAGUAAAUUUGAGGCUGCACGAAUCGAAUACGGAAAUGACGCAUUCAUGGCGCCAUGCGUUGAGGCUGGGUGGGCGAAACUCGACGCGUAUUACACUCUUACAGAACGUUCACAGUGUGGUAAAUAG